CCCUCGUCGUUUCGCUCUCGAUCUCUCUCCCUCUCAGCCCCGCUUUCGAAUUUUGUUUAGGGUUUAUCGGGCGGGUUUAUUUUUGUUUUAGUUUCCAGUUCUAUCUUCGAUUUGAGCUUCCACAAGCGCUACCUUCCUGCCUGCUUCGUGCUCUGUCCUUCUCGAUUCUUCUUGUCGUGAAACCCUAGAUCUUGCCUUGCUCCGUUUGAGUUUUUUUCGUGGGCGAAUGCGGCUGGGAUUUUUUGAGGAAUACAAUUUGGAAUCUCAGUGGCCGUAAGCGAGCGCACCAGCUGCUGCGUCAAUUCCCAGUGGCUCCACCUCGGGUGUUGGUUCAAAUGCUACUGAAAUCUAAGUUUUUCGACAGUGUCAUCUUUCGGAAUCCAUUUCUGAAGCCAUUGUUUCUUGCCGUGAAGAUAUGAUCAGUUGAACAUGAGCGAUGGUGGCAGGGAGAGUGAAAGGGAUCGUGAGAUCAGGUCGAAGAAGGAUCAGCCAUCUGCGGGUGACGAGUUUGGUCGUGCUGUGGCCAAGGUUGCCGUAGCUCAGAUUUGUGAGUCGACUGGUUUCCACGGAUGCAAUCUCUCUUCUGUUGAUGCUUUCUCCGAGGUAGUGGUCCGAUACAUCUAUGAUUUAGGCGAAAGUGCGAGGUUUUAUGCUAAUUUAGCUGGGAGGACAGACUGCAAUGUGUCCGACAUCAUCCAGAGCUUAGAGGAUUUGAGUGCGCCGUUGGGUUUUCCUGGCGCAUCCGAUAUACAUCGUUGCUUUGUUGGUUCGGGUGUCACUCGAGAGAUUACCCAGUACGUCAAUUCAGUUGAUGAGGUUCCAUUUGCUAAGCCCAUUCCCAAAUUUCCUAUUUCUCGGUUGCCCAAGUCUUCACCGAGCUUCACUCAUGUUGGUUUGGAGCCAGCGGGAAAACACAUUCCAGAUUGGCUUCCGAGGCUUCCAGAGCCUCAUACCUAUGUUCACACGCCAGUUUGGAACAAAAGGGCCAGUGAUAACAAAGUAGAAAAAAUCGAACAGGAAAAUCAGCGGAGGAAGACCGAGAUGUCAUUGUUAGGGUUACAGCAACGACUUGCUUCCAAUGCUGCAGCUGGGUUUCAACCUAUCAAUGGCGAUGAUGCCAGGAAGGAUAAACAAGUGGUUGCUAGUACUAGCAACCCUUUUCUAGCCCCACCUUUAACAUACACUGAGAAGGAAGUAUCUGAAGUUGCUAUUCCACGUGAAAUGGAUGAAGGCAAGAAAUUGUCAGCAGUCGAAACUUUGCCUCCAAUCGCUGAGGCAGUGAAGUCUGACUCUCUUGACUUGGAUUCAUCCGAGAAAAAAUUACUCCUUACAAGCAGGCCUACUGUGCAUUUCAAGAUUGGCGCUGAAAAGAAGUCUAUAGCAUCUUCAUUAUCUGCUAUGACUACUAGAAAGGAUACAUUGCCUUUCAGGGAUGAAGAAAAGGAUGACAAGAAGAAGAGAGCAGAAAUGAUACUAAGAGAAGCUAUGGAGAAACCACAUGAUCUUGCUCAGCUUUAAAGUACUUGUAGAUGGAUUUGCGGUGCCAAAAUGUAAACAGAAUUUCCCAGCACAUCACAUCUGGUGGGAAUUUGAACUUUUUUGUUUGUGUGGGUCAAAUUGGUUCAGAAAUAUUAGUAAUGUAGCACCAUAAUGGUCCUUGCUGGCAUACCCUACUUUUUGUUCUAGUAAGAUUCAUAAAGACCUUAGAUGAGUUUUGCAUAAUAUGUGAUGCAGAUCUUCCAAUUUUGAUGAGCAUGCAUACACAGGAAGAUAGUUCCACAUUAUCUUUUCUUGCAAAACUGUCAGGUGUUAGUAAUGUAUUGAAAUGAAAAGUCUGCCAAGAAUGGGACGAUGGGAUUUCAUUGUGACAGUGGGCAAGGCUAAUGGCGCCCAAUAGAUUCUGAUGAAAGGGUUGAAGCAAUUUUUCAUGUUCUUGGCUUGAUGCUCCAUAUUAGAUACUAUUUAUAUCAAAUUGUUUUGAAUACAAUUUGAAUUGAAACA